AUGGCCGGUGGUGCUGCUAAGUACCGUCAUCUCAGCCGCAAGUCGUCGCAUCGACAGGCCCUUCUCCGAAACUUAGUCACAUCGCUUUUCAAGCACGAGUCUAUCACAACAACCUGGCCCAAAGCGAAGGAGGCUCAACGGCUGGCCGAGAAGCUAAUAACCCUAGGCAAGAAGAAUACGGAGGCUAGUCGAAGAAGAGCGUUGUCUGUUUUCUAUACACCCCAUGAAAUCCUUCCCAAACUAUUUGGGACACUCCGUGAGCGCUACGCCGAACGUCCUGGUGGUUACACACGAGUUCUGCGGGUCGAGCCUAAGAAAGAUGAUCAAGCCCCUAGCGCCAUUCUUGAGCUUGUUGAUGGACCGAAGGAUAUGCGAUUUGCCAUGACAGCCCGGACCGUUGCGAGACAGCGAGCACAGGGCCUCGAGACUCUCAACGAGCUAACAACCCUGAAUGUCCACAAAGUGACAAGGUUCCGGAAAGGCGGUGUCGAGUACCUCGAACAGGCGAUCAAGCGGUUAGAAAUCGAACAGAAGAAAGCCCCUACGACGCAUAAAGGCGAACAGGAGGUGGAGUCCAAGCAAUAG